AUGGAUGACCCAAGAAUCGAAUGGAUUAGGGACCGUGUGUAUUUAGCAUUGGACAUCAAGGAAAAUGACGUAUUUGAUGACCUCCUCAACAGAGAUGAUGGACUUUACGAACGAGAAAUCGCUAAGUUUCUGAACGAAACACCGGAGGAAAAUGCAACAGCUUUGUUAUUUUACAAGAUAGUUACGGAGGAAGAAGAAGAAGUUGAAGUGGAAUGUGAGCCUGAGAUUCCUGAUAUACAGGCAGAGGAUGAGAUUGAACCCGNUUGCUUAGACAGAUAUAAUUUUUUUUCUCCAGCUGCCUCAACAGAAGAAGAGAUAAAUGUCCAGGAAUCCAAAGCCAAGGCUCUGCUCAGAGAUGAAUUUCUGAUCAAUAUGCAAAAGUUUGCCAACAGUAUCACUCGCACAAUACAGCAGAUUGAAGGAGAAGUGCGACUAGAGAUUCCUGAUAUAGAGCUCCCAGAAGACAUCCAUGUUGCAGCAAAGGACAAAGACCUUUGUGCACAACUUGAACAGGUAGUAAUUGACUGGGACAAGCAAGUCCAGAUGGCAGUAGAUGUUGUAGUAAAGAAAAUGCCACAGGGGAAUGGACCCCUUGCAGAGAUUGAAUUUUGGCGUGAGCGUAAUGCUGCUUUGAGUGCCUUGAUUGAACAACUCAAAUUGCCUUAUGUACAGAAAGUUCUCAGUAUUAUGGGCCUUGUAGAAGAUGCUGUAGAAAUCCACCGCGGGGAUCUUAAUAAACUCUACACGGAAGCCAAAGACAAUGUGAGAUUCCUCUCCACACUGGAAAGGCAUUUUAAGAAUAUAACCCAUGGUGCUACAUUCCAUGUUGUGAUUGAAACCAUUCCGUCCAUGAUGAAUGCACUGCGUAUGGUGUGGAUUAUCUCACGGCAUUAUAACAGAGAUGAAAGAAUGGUUCCCCUGAUGGAGAGAAUAGCCUGGGAGCUAGCAGAAAGAGUCGCAAGAGUUAUCAACUGCAGGACUCUCUAUAAAGAUGGACCAGUUGAGGUGAAAAGAAAGACUUCUGAGGCAAAGAGAAUGCUUGACCUGUGGAAAGAAUCUUAUCUGGAUGUAAGAGCCAAGAUAGAGGCAUCAGGUCGUGAUGCUCGCUGGGAGUUUGACAGAAAGAGACUAUUUGAGAGGACAGAUUAUAUGUCCCGAAUUUGCCAGGAUCUUCAUGAUGUAGCACAGGUUCUUGAAGAGUUCUACAACAUCUUUGGUCCAGAAUUGAAAGCAGUUACUGGGGACCCUAAGAGGAUAGAUGAUGUGCUGAAAAGAGUUGAUGAUUUGGUGAAACCAAUUGAAGAUGUGUCCUUCGAUCCAUUCUCUUUCCGAGAGCAAGAUGGCUGGCAGAAGGUGAUGAAGUGGUUUCACAGGGAGGUCCAGUCUAUUGAGGAGGAGGCACUCUCUUUUAUUGAUGAGUCCUUCAAAACUCUGAGGUCUGCUGAGGGAGCAUUUGAUCUUCUCCUCAAGUUUAAAAACAUCCGCUCCAGAGAAGCUAUCAACAAUCAGCUUAUGCAAAAGUUCAAUGAUAUUUUGAUGCAGUAUGGAAGAGAGGUUGACAUCAUGGAUUCACUGUUCAGAGACAACAAGGAUUCUCCACCUCUCCAUAAAAACCAACCUCCUGUAGCAGGGUCCAUCUUCUGGGAGAGAGCAUUAUUCAUCAGGAUCAAACAAACCAUCAUCCGCUUCCUUACCAUGGAUGAAAUGAUGCAGAGUGACAUAGGAAAAGCUGCAAGAGCUAAAUACCUUAGCGUUGCAAAACAGAUGAAGGCUUAUGAGGACAAGAAAUAUGAAGAAUGGAGAGAAAAUGUCGAGCAAGUCCUGCCUGGUUUACUGAAGAGGAAUCUAUUAGCAAAACCCUCCCAGCAGCAACUGGUUCCCAGGUCCAGUGAGGGUGAAAGAACAAAAGACACAGACUCACAGAGUAAAAAUACCAGCCAAAGUGGCAGGAUAUCAAUCAUGGUGGAAGAUAAUGGCCAGGUUAAAAAGGCCGAGAUACGCUCAGCAACUCCUAAACAGGAAGAACAAGGUACUCAGUACGAAGUGAAGUAUAUUGUGGAUUAUGACCCACAGCUAGCAGAGAUAGUCUCAGAAACCAAGUACAUGGAGCAGCUGGGUUUUGCUGUGCCAGAACUGGCCAGAAAUGUCGCACUGCAGGAGGAAAAAUACAUCAAGUAUGUGGAUGGACUGAAUCACAUGCUUACCAGAUAUCACCAGUUGUUGGGAUCUCUUGAUCAGGCUGAGACUAUCUUGCUGGAGCAUCAUAUGAAAGAACUGAGGCGAGUUAUUCGUCCAGGAUCCAAGAGACUCAACUGGAACUCUCUGGGAAUCUUUGACUUUGUUGCUAAGUGCAAUGGUGCUAUUAGCAAGUUUGAGUCAUUGGUGAACCAGAUUCAGAAGAAUGCGGCAGACAUCAACCAGAGACUCAAAAUGGUUGAAGAGACCAACCUUUUCAAAUGUCCUCCCCCAAAAUUCGAGGAUGUGCUGCCUAGCUGCAAGGAAUUUUUUGAGUAUAUUGAAAGAGAACGUGCCAAAGAUUUUGAAGUCCUAGCAAGAAAGUAUAGAGCCAUAGGUCCUUUGUUGACCAAGAUGGAAGGCUUGGUUGUUCAUACAAAUACAGGGAGAUCUCCUAAGCUGAGACAGUAUUAUUCCUACUGGGAGAGGAGAGUGUAUGACUCACUAAACAAGCUGAUCAUCAAUAACCUGAAGGCCUUCAACAUGGCGGUGGUCAACCCAGUGGCACUGUUCCAGGUGCAGACCCUGCUGGCAGCACCAGAUGUUGUCUUACAUCCAGCUACCAAUGAGAUCUACAAACUUACUCUGCAGAGUGUCCGUGAUUGUGCUGAGGGGACCAAGAAUUUUGUGCGCUGGAUGGAUGGUACGUGCAUAGAAGCUCCGCCUCAGAAAAUCCCAGGAGAAGAUGAGCCAUAUGUCUUCACCUUCUUCUCUGAUAUCUCCACCAACCCAGAAAUCAUAGAAUUAGUGGGAGUGAUCCAGGGCAACAUGAAAAACAUACUGACAGAUCUACAGAGGUAUCUCUUCAAGUGGAAGGGAUAUAAGGGAAUCUGGCACAUGGAAAAGGUUGCCAAAGCAGAGAGGUGGUUGCAGAAAGACCCCAGUGUUGUGGCCUACGAUGACCGACUCCAGUAUUAUCACAAGGUCAUGGAGGAUGUGGCCAACCAGCCGCUGAUCAAGGACCAGAUGUGUAUCAGACUGGUCAUGGAGCCACUGGCACAUUCCAUCAAGGACCAUUGUAAGCAAUGGAUUGACCUCAUUGGGAAAUUGCUGCAGGAUUCUGCUAAGAGCAGUCUGUACAGUCUCAAGGAAGAGUUGGAGAAAAAAUCUGAUGACCUAGAGCGUCCCCCAGAGACUCUUGAAGAUCUGAAGUUUGUGCUAGGAAUUAUGGCUGAAAUUAAAGACAGGUCUCUGGAGAUAGAAAACAGGAUUGUGGAUAUUAAGGAGAAAUACAGAACCCUUGGCAUGUACAAGCUAGAGACCACUGAGGAGGAGACCACCCUUGUGGCCUCUUUGAAGGACAUGUGGAAUGACCUUGUCUUCAAGUCCAAGAAUGUAGAUGCUGGACUUGUGGUGGUCAAAAAGAAAUUUACAGAGAUAACACUGGAACAAAUCAAAGAGUUUGCCAAGACAUUGAACAGCUUUGCGGAACGUUUCCACAUGGAGGGACCAGGAGCUUCUGGAAAAGAUCUAGACAAAGGUGUUGAACUAAUGAAACAGUACAGAGAAGAAGUUGCCAAGUUUGAGGCUGAUCGCCAGGAGCUUGCCAAUGCAGAGAAGCUGUUUGACCUGCCAAUUACUUCCUACCCAGAGCUACUGCAGGUCCAUAAAGACAUGAAAGGACUGGAGCAAAUCUACCAAAUUUAUUUGGACCAGAAAGCUGCCAGAGAGCAGUGGUCAGAACAGCUAUGGGCCAACCUGAAUGUCACCCUCCUACAGGAUGGCAUAGAAAACUACCUGAAGGCCCUUAGGAAACUUCCACGAGAGAUACGCAACAUGCCAGUGGCCAGAGCUGUAGACGAAAAGAUGAAAGCUUUCAGGGACUCACUUCCAUUGUUUGUGGAUCUCAAGCAUGAAGCUCUGAGAGAAAGACAUUGGAAGGAGUUGAUGACUAAGACUGGUCAGAAUUUUGACAUGAACCCAGAAACUUUCACACUGGCCAACAUCUUUGCCAUGGAGCUGGAGAGGUUCCAGGAGACCAUUGGUGAGAUUGUCACCUGUGCUACAAAGGAGUUGAGCAUUGAAAAGGGUGUGAAAGAGGUGGAGGAGACCUGGGGCAGCAAUGGUAUGAAGUUCACAGUGACUAAGUACAUGAAGGGGACAUCAGAUCGUGGCUGGAUCCUGGGAGCUGUGGAUGAAGUGGUGCAGUUCCUGGAUGAUAAUGCUAUGAAUCUACAGAGUAUGUCUGCCUCCAGGUUCAUAGGCCCAUUCAUGAAUGCUGUACAGAACUGGGAGAAGAGCUUGUCACAUAUCAGUGAAGUGCUAGAUGUAUGGAUGGUGGUACAGAGGAAGUGGAUGUACCUGGAAGGUAUCUUCAUUGGAGGUGAUAUCAGGUCACAGCUGCCUGAGGAAGCCAAGAAGUUUGAUCAGUUAGACAAAACUUUCAAAAAGAUCAUGACAGAAACGGCUAAGAAUCCCAACAUCAAACAAAGCUGUCAUGCCCAGAACCGUCUUCAAGAGCUCCAGAUGAUCAGUGCAGGGUUGGAGAAGUGUCAGAAGUCCCUGAAUGACUAUCUGGAUUCCAAGAGGAAUGCCUUUCCCAGAUUCUUCUUCAUCUCAGAUGAUGAACUGCUAAGUAUUCUGGGCAGUAGUGACCCAGAGUGUGUACAAGAACACAUGAUUAAGAUGUUUGACAACAUUGCUUCCCUGCAGUUCAGUAAAGGCAGUAACAACGAGAUGAGCGCCUUGGCCAUGGUGUCUGCUGAGAAAGAGAUCAUGGAGUUCCGCACAGCUGUGGCUGCUGAAGGAAGGGUGGAAGACUGGAUGACAGAAGUACUGGCAGAGAUGAGAAAGACCAACAGGCUCAUUACGAAGGAGGCCAUAUUCAUGUAUGGUUUGGAUGGCAAGUCAAGGGUGUUGUGGAUGAUGGACUACCAGGGUAUGGUGUGUCUGGCUGGGAACCAGGUCUGGUGGACAUGGGAGACUGAAGAUGUCUUCAGGAAGAUAAAGAAAGGAAACAAGACUGCUCUCAAAGAUUAUGCCAAGAAAAUGCACAAACAGAUUGAUGAUCUUGUAGUGCAGGUUCGUUCACCUUUGUCCAAGAAUGACCGUGCCAAGUUUAACACAGUACUUAUCAUUGAUGUCCACGCCAGAGAUAUCAUUGAUGGAUUUGUGAGAGACAGUAUUAUGGAUGCCAGAGAGUUUGAGUGGGAAAGUCAGCUGAAGUUUUACUGGGAGAAGGAGCCUGAUGAACUGCUGGUUCGGCAGUGUACUGGAGAGUUUGGAUAUGGUUAUGAAUACAUGGGUCUCAAUGGAAGACUUGUGAUCACACCUCUUACUGAUCGUAUCUAUCUUACUCUGACACAGGCCUUGUCUAUGCAGCUGGGAGGUGCCCCUGCAGGUCCAGCAGGGACUGGGAAGACAGAGAGUACCAAGGAUCUGGCCAAAGCUCUGGGCUUACUGUGUGUAGUCACUAACUGUGGAGAGGGUAUGGAUUAUAAGGCUGUUGGUAAGAUCUUUUCUGGUCUGUGCCAGUGUGGUGCCUGGGGCUGUUUUGAUGAGUUCAACCGUAUUGAUGUCUCUGUACUGUCUGUGAUCUCAACACAGCUCAAGACCAUUCAGAAUGCACUCAUUCUCAAGCUCAAGAAGUUCCAUUUUGAAGGUCAGGAGAUUGCUAUGGACUCUCGUAUGGGGAUUUUUAUCACCAUGAACCCUGGCUACGCAGGGCGCACAGAGCUGCCAGAGUCUGUCAAAGCACUGUUCAGACCUGUGGUGGUCAUUGUCCCUGAUCUCCAGCAGAUCUGUGAAAUUAUGUUGUUUUCAGAAGGAUUCCUUUUGGCUAAGAUCUUAGCCAAGAAGAUGACAGUGUUGUACAAACUGUCAAAGGAGCAGUUGUCCAAGCAGUAUCAUUAUGACUUUGGUCUGAGAGCUCUCAAGUCUGUAUUGGUCAUGGCAGGAGAACUGAAGAGAGGAUCCCCAGAUCUACAGGAGGAUGUUGUGUUAAUGAGAGCUCUGCGUGACAUGAACUUGCCCAAGUUUGUGUAUGAAGAUGUACCUUUGUUCCUGGGUCUGAUAGGGGACUUGUUCCCAGGACUGGACUGCCCCAGGGUCAGAUACCCUAACUUUAAUGAUGCUGUGGAGGGAGUGCUGGUGGACAAUAACUAUAUUUUGUUGCCACAACAGGCUGACAAAGUCAUCCAGCUGUAUGAAACCAUGUUAACCAGGCACACUACUAUGAUAGUAGGACCUACUGGGGGUGGCAAGUCUGUGGUUCUCAACACCAUGGCACAGGCACAGACUAGGCUGAACACUGUGACCAAGAUGUACACCAUCAACCCCAAAGACAGGCCAGUAGUGGAGUUGUAUGGUAUCCUUGACCCUACAACCAGAGACUGGACAGAUGGUUUGCUGUCCAACAUCUUCAGAGAGAUCAACAAACCCACAGAUAAAAAUGAGAGGAAGUACAUUGUGUUUGAUGGGGAUGUUGAUGCAUUGUGGGUAGAAAACAUGAACUCUGUGAUGGAUGACAACCGUCUGCUGACUCUGGCAAAUGGAGAGAGAAUCAGGUUACAGAAACAUUGUGCUCUGUUGUUUGAGGUGUAUGAUCUCCAGUAUGCCUCACCUGCCACAGUAUCCAGGUGUGGUAUGGUCUAUGUGGACCCUAAGGACCUGGGCUACCAGCCCUUCUGGGACAAGUGGCUCAACCUCAGGCAGAGCAAGACUGAGAAAGAGUUCCUGAAACAGCUCUAUGACAAAUACAUUGUCUGUCUCAUUGAGAUGAUCACUGAAGGUGUUAUAGAUGGGAAACAAGGAGAUAAGUUGAAGACCAUUGUGCCUCUGACAAAUCUGAAUAUGGUGACCCAGCUGGCCAAUAUGCUGGAUGCUCUCCUGGAGAAGGAGGUUUUAGAGUUUGAGGUGAUGGAGGCUUACUUCCUGCAGGCUAUGACCUGGUCACUGGGGGCUGGACUGCUGGAGGAUGGACGGCUCAAGUUUGAUGCACAGGUUAAAUACCUGGCCUCACUGCCCACUGUGGAUGAUGAAACCAAGAUUGCAAAUAUUGGUGAAAUGCCAAAUGUAGCACCCACCCUGUUUGAAUAUUUCUUCGAUGCUGAGAAGAAACAGUGGCUGCCAUGGUCAUCACUGGUUCCCAAAUACAUUCAUGACCCUGAGAAGAAAUUCAAUGAAAUUCUGGUCCCUACAGUGGACACAGUGCGUACCACCUGGCUGCUGCAGUUGAUGAUGAGAAUUAAGAGGCCUGUGGUACUUGUGGGUGACACUGGUACCUCAAAGACUGCAACAAUUCAAGAUUUCCUCAGAAACUUGGAUCAGGAAGCACAUCUGUUGCUGAAUGUGAACUUCUCCUCAAGAACCACUUCCCUUGACGUCCAGCGUAACUUGGAGGCCAGUGUGGAGAAAAGGACCAAGGACACUUACGGACCUCCACCAGGGAAGAGGAUGCUGGUCUUCAUUGAUGACAUGAACAUGCCACAGGUUGACACUUAUGGAACACAACAACCUAUUGCCCUGUUGAAGCUCUUAUUGGACAGAGGCGGCAUCUAUGAUCGUGGGAAGGAUCUUAACUGGAAGAACAUCAAGGACAUUGGUUUCUUGGCAGCCAUGGGUAAAGCUGGUGGUGGCCGUAAUGAAACAGAUCCACGCUUUGUGUCCUUGUUUAGUGUGUUCAACAUGACAUUCCCAGCAGAAGAAUCCCUGUUCCAUAUUUACAAUUCUAUAUUGAUGGGACAUCUGCAGUCCUUCCCCAAGGAGGUCCAAGAUAUAGGAGGCACCAUCAUUAGAAUGACUAUGGAGCUUUACAACACUGUUGUGAAAGACAUGCCUCCAACACCCUCUAAGUUCCAUUACAUCUUCAACCUUCGUGACCUGUCCAGAAUCACCAACGGUCUGUGCCUGACCACUCCAGACAGGUUUCCCACGGUGGACAAGUUUGUCCGUGUGUGGAGAAAUGAGUGUCUUAGGGUCAUCUAUGACAGGCUGAUUAACGAGGCUGACCAGGAGCAAGUUACUGGAUAUAUUAAGAACCUAUUGGAAGAAAACUUUAAGAAGGAGCUUGAAUUUGUUAUGAGAGAACCAAUCUUGUUUGGGGACUACCGCACAGCACUUGAUGAGGCAGAGCCAAGACUGUAUGAGGAUAUCCAAGACUUUGAAGCUUCAAAGGCUUUGUUUCAAGAGAUUUUGGAAGAAUACAAUGAAAACCAUACACCAAUGAACUUGGUCCUUUUUGACGAUGCCUUGUCCCAUUUAACCCGUGUCCACCGUGUGAUUCGUAUGGAUCGCGGUCAUGCACUGUUGGUUGGUGUAGGUGGAAGUGGAAAACAAAGCAUCACUCGCCUGGCUGCGUACACUGCUUCAUGUGAAGUGUUUGAGAUCACACUCAGUCGUGGGUACAGCGAGAACAGUUUCCGUGAUGAUCUGAAGAUUCUAUAUAAUAAACUUGGAAUUGAGAAUAAGAAGGUUGUAUUCAUGUUUGGAGACCAGCAUGUUGUUGAGGAGGGAUUCUUGGAGCUGAUAAAUAAUAUGUUGACAUCUGGAAUGGUGCCUGCUCUUUACCCUGAUGAUGAGAAGGAAGGGAUUAUAGGCCAGAUACGUAAUGAGGCCAUGAAGGCAGGCUCUGGUCCAGCCAGAGAGAAUAUCUGGAAUUAUUUUGUGAACAAAUGUGCUAACAAUCUUCACAUAGUCAUGGCAAUGUCCCCCACAGGUGACACACUGAGAACCAGGUGUAGAAACUUUCCAGGCAUGGUGAACAACACCAACAUUGACUGGUUCUUCCCCUGGCCAGAACAAGCCUUGUAUGCAGUGGCCAGUGUCUUUGUAUCUCCAGAAAAUCCCCUAGUGCCAGAGGACCAACACAGUAAGAUAGUCAGUCACAUUGUACAUGUACACCAGUCUGUGACUACAUAUAGUAUAGAAUUCCUGCAAAAACUUAGGAGAUUGAAUUAUGUCACUCCUAAGAAUUACCUGGAUUUCAUCAGUACAUAUCUCCGCCUUCUGGAAGAAAAGGACAACUUUAUUUUAGCACAGUGUGAGCGUCUGGGAGGAGGCAUGACCAAGCUAGCCGAGGCCAGCGGUCAGUUGAAUGAGCUGAAUGAGAAGCUGGCUGUCCAGAAGGUGGCUGUGACAGAGAAGACAGCUGCCUGUGAGGAACUCCUUGAGGAGAUUGCCACUGGUAAAGCACAUGCUGAGGAGAAAAAGGCAAUGGCUGAAGCAAAGGGAGUGGAGAUAGAGGAACAGAGUAAAAUUAUUAGUGAGGAGAAGGCUGAUGCAGAGGCAUCACUGGCUGAAGCUUUGCCAGCUUUAGAGGCAGCCCGUCUUGCCUUGGAUGACCUUGACAAGUCAGACGUCACAGAAAUUAGNAGUUUAAUCUUCUUUUGGUUAAUGUACGAGUUCAUGGAUAAUGAUUUACAUUUAUCUUUUCAGAAUCCCCUAGUGCCAGAGGACCAACACAGUAAGAUAGUCAGUCACAUUGUACAUGUACACCAGUCUGUGACUACAUAUAGUAUAGAAUUCCUGCAAAAACUUAGGAGAUUGAAUUAUGUCACUCCUAAGAAUUACCUGGAUUUCAUCAGUACAUAUCUCCGCCUUCUGGAAGAAAAGGACAACUUUAUUUUAGCACAGUGUGAGCGUCUGGGAGGAGGCAUGACCAAGCUAGCCGAGGCCAGCGGUCAGUUGAAUGAGCUGAAUGAGAAGCUGGCUGUCCAGAAGGUGGCUGUGACAGAGAAGACAGCUGCCUGUGAGGAACUCCUAGAGGAGAUUGCCACUGGUAAAGCACAUGCUGAGGAGAAAAAGGCAAUGGCUGAAGCAAAGGGAGUGGAGAUAGAGGAACAGAGUAAAAUUAUUAGUGAGGAGAAGGCUGAUGCAGAGGCAUCACUGGCUGAAGCUUUGCCAGCUUUAGAGGCAGCCCGUCUUGCCUUGGAUGACCUUGACAAGUCAGACGUCACAGAAAUUAGGUCAUUUGCCAAGCCCCCUAAGAUGGUGCAGACAGUGUGUGAGUGUAUUGUUGUAAUGAGAGGAAUCAAGGAGGUGUCUUGGAAGUCUGCCAAGGGAAUGAUGUCUGAGGCUAACUUCCUCAAGUCUCUCACUGAGAUGGAUGUAGAUGCCAUCACUCCUAAACAGGUGUCCACUGUCAAAGGUUUCCUGAAGGAGGGUGAAGUGACUCAGGAUGAAAUGAAGACCAUCAGUAAAGCUGGAUAUGGUCUACUGAAGUUUGUAGAUGCUGUACUGGGUUACUGUGUGGUAGCCAGGGAGAUUAAGCCUAAGAGAGACAAGGUGGCAAGACUGGAAAAGAGCUACCACCAGGCCAAGCGUGACUUGGACAAGAUUACAAAGGAAGUGGCCACUCUAGAGUCCACUCUGGCAGAUCUUGCUCAGCGCUAUGAGAAUGCCAUAGCAGAGAAGCAGGCUCUACAGGAAGAGGCUGAGAUCAUGGAGAGACGUCUGAUUGCUGCUGAUAAACUUAUCUCUGGCUUAGGUUCAGAAAAUGUUAGAUGGACCAAAGAGCUUGAAGAGUUGAAGCAGAUGAGGAUCAGGCUUCUUGGUGACUGUCUCCAGGGCUCGGCCUUCCUCAGCUAUGUGGGAGCCUUCAGUUGGGAGUUCCGCAGUGCUAUGAUGAAUGACAACUGGGAAAAGAAUAUUCUGGAUCUGCAAAUCCCCAUGAGUCAGCCUUUUGCUUUGGAACAACUGCUCACUAAUGAUGUAGAGAUCAGCAAAUGGACAUCAGAGAGUUUGCCUCCAGAUGAGCUGUCCAUUCAGAAUGGCAUCUUGACCACUCGUGCCAGCCGCUUCCCACUCUGUAUUGACCCACAGCAACAAGCCCUCAACUGGAUCAAGAAGAAAGAGGAGCCACAUAAUCUCAAAGUGAGCUCAUUCAAUGACCCAGACUUCCUGAAGCAGUUGGAGAUGGCCAUCAAGUAUGGCUUCCCAUUCUUGUUCCAAGAUGUGGAUGAAUACAUUGAUCCUGUCAUUGAUAAUGUGCUCGAGAAGAACAUCAAAGGUGGUCAGGGUAGAGAAUUUAUCAUGCUUGGAGACAAGGAAGUGGAUUAUGAUCCUAACUUCAGACUGUACCUGAACACCAAGCUGUCUAACCCCAAGUAUACCCCUGCUCACUUUGGCAAGUCUAUGGUCAUCAACUACACUGUCACUCUCAAGGGUCUGGAAGACCAGUUGCUGAGUGUGAUUGUGAAGUCAGAGAGGAAAGAGCUGGAAGAGCAGAGAGAAAGAUUGAUCCAGGAAACAAGUGCCAACAAGAGCUUGCUGAAGGACCUGGAGGAUGCCCUGCUGAGAGAACUGGCUACUUCUACAGGCAACAUGUUGGACAACACAGAUCUCAUCCAGACCCUUGAAGAAACAAAAGCCAAAGCAUCUGAGGUGGCAGAAAAGUUGAAGCUUGGAGCCAAGACUGCCAUUGAUAUUGACAAGCUUCGUGAUGGGUACCGUCCUGCAGCCAAGCGUGGUGCCAUUUUGUUUUUCAUCCUUGCUGAGAUGGCCAGUAUUAAUACUAUGUAUCAGUAUUCCUUGGCGGCUUACCUGGAUGUGUUCCAGUUCUCUCUGAAGAAGAGCUUGCCAGAUACUAUACUGCAGAAGAGGUUGAGGAAUAUCAUGGAUACUUUGACACACAAUGUCUACAACUAUGGUUGCACAGGUAUCUUUGAGAAACACAAGCUGUUAUUCUCCUUCCAAAUCACAGUGAAGUUGGAGAUGGAUGAGCAAAGGAUCAGACAAGAGGAACUGGACUUCUUUAUCAAGGGUAGCAUAGCACUGGAGAAGAGCAAGCGAGGCCGUCCAUUUAAAUGGGUCCCAGAACAGGGCUGGGAGGACAUGAUUAGAUUGGCAGAGAUAGAAAAAGGUGCUUUUGGAACCAUACUGGAAGAUGUAGAGAAGAAUGAGAAGGAGUGGAAACAGUGGUUUGACCAUGAUUCACCAGAAUCUCAGCCUUUCCCACUGAAAUAUGAAGACAGCCUCUCUGACUUCCAACGCCUGAUGCUUCUCCGCUGCUGGAGAGUGGAUCGUAUCUACAGAGCCAUCACAGACUACAUCACCAAAGUUAUGGGUGAGAAGUAUGUCACUCCACCUAUCAUCAGUUUUGAGGCCAUCUUUGAGCAGAGUACGCCCACCUCUCCCAUCGUGUUUAUCCUGAGCCCAGGAUCUGACCCUGCCAGUGAUCUGAUGAAGCUGGCUGAGAGGACUGGAUUUGGAACCAACAAACUCAAGUUCUUGUCCAUGGGACAGGGACAGGAGAAGAUUGCCAUGCAGUUCCUGGAAACAGCUGUGGCUAGAGGUCAGUGGCUCAUGUUGCAGAACUGCCAUCUACUGGUGAGAUGGUUGCGUGACUUGGAGAAGGAGAUAGAGAAACUGGCAAAGCCUCAUCCAGACUUCCGCCUCUGGCUGACCACUGAGCCAACCUCAGCUUUCCCCAUUGGUAUCCUGCAGAGGUCACUUAAAGUUGUCACAGAACCUCCCAAUGGUCUGAAGCUGAACCUGCGCAGUACUUACUUCAAGAUCCCAGCCACAGCUCUAGUGGAGUGCCCACACCCUGCCUUCCCCUCCCUGGUCUUUGUGCUGGCCUUCUUCCACGCUGUGGUCCAAGAGAGGAGGAAGUAUGGAAAGAUAGGAUGGAAUGUGCCUUAUGAUUUCAAUGAGUCAGACUUCCAGGUGUGCAUGCAGAUCUUGAAUACCUACCUGACCAAGAACAAUGAGACUAAGAUACCAUGGAACAGCUUGAAGUACUUGAUUGGAGAGGUCAUGUACGGAGGCCGUGCCAUUGAUAACUUUGAUCGACGCAUCCUGAACACCUAUAUGGAUGAAUACAUGGGAGACUUCAUCUUUGACACCUUCCAGCCAUUCCAUUUCUAUGUGAAUGAAGAAGUUGACUACAAAAUCCCUGAAACUGGCAUGAGAGAUGUCUACACAGAUUACAUUGAGACUCUCCCACUGACCAACACCCCUGAAGUGUUUGGGUUACACCCCAAUGCUGAGAUUGGUUACUACACCUCUGCUGCCAGGGAAAUGUGGAGUAACUUAGUGGAGUUACAGCCCCAAACAGGCGAGACUGGCUCUGGAAUCAGUCGUGAAGACUUCAUUGACAAGAUUGCCUCUGAUGUUCUGGCCAAGCUGCCACCAGAGUAUGACAUGGAUAAGAUCCGUAAGAAGCUGGGCAUUGAGAUCACCCCCACCACUGUGGUACUGCUACAGGAGCUGGAGAGAUUUAAUAUUCUCAUUAAGAGAAUGAGGGUCUCCCUGUCCACUUUGAAGAGGGCCUUGGCAGGUGAAGUUGGUAUGAGCAAUGAGCUGGACGAUGUGGCCAAGUCCCUGUUUAAUGGUCAGUUGCCUGGAAUCUGGAGGCGUCUGGCUCCAGCCACUCUGAAGUCACUGGGCAACUGGAUGACCCAUUUCCAGAAGAGAAAUUCUCAGUACACAGUAUGGAUAGAGGAAGAUGAGCCUAAUGUGAUGUGGCUGUCAGGGCUCCAUAUCCCAGAAUCCUACCUGACAGCCCUGGUGCAGGCCACCUGUCGUAAGAAUGGCUGGCCCCUGGAUAAGUCCACCCUGUACACCUCUGUCACCAGCUACCAGAACCCUGAAGACGUCACAGAAAGAGCUCAUCAAGGUUGUUUUGUACAUGGUCUGUACUUGGAGGGUGCUGGCUGGGACAUAGAGAAAGGAUGUAUUAUCAGACAGAAACCAAAGGAACUGAUCCAGGAGUUGCCAGUACUUAAAGUAAUCCCCAUUGAGGCUCAUAGACUCAAGUUACAGAACACCCUGCGUACUCCUGUCUACGUGACGUCAGAGCGCCGUAAUGCCAUGGGAGUGGGUCUUGUAUUUGAAGCUGAUCUCUUCACCACAGAGCACAUUAGUCACUGGGUUCUACAGGGUGUGGCACUGUCUCUCAACACAGAUUAGAUUAAUACAGAAAAUGGGACAUACUUUGCUGAAUUCAGAUUACAUUUCUGUAAAAAAUGGAACAUUCCUUCACAAAUUCGGAGUGAAAAACAGAAAACGGAGGGAGGAUUCUUUCUCAAGAAUUUCUCAGCUGCUUCAGAGAAUAUCCCUAAUGCCAUUUGUGGGAAAGUAGACCAUGUCAUAGCCCUUCUUAAUAAAAAAAAAGCAGAAACAUACUCAGUUUCAGAAUAACAAACUGUGAUUGUAAUGAACUGGGAUUCUUUCUUUCCAUAAAACCGUCCAAAUAUAACUUAUUACAAAAUAGAUUUGUUUAAAAAACCGUCCAGGUAUUUUUUCAUAAAAGAUUUUAAAUUUUAUUUCAUUGCCAAAAUAUAUAUUUGUUUUACAAUAGUAAUGUGAACCUUUGAUAGAUUCCGUCCACGUUUUGUUUAUUGGCACGUCCUUAUAGUUGCGUGAAGAGCAAUAUUAUAAAAGUUCAAUAUAUGGUCUAUUUUAACCAAUAUUUGCCGUGUUAUAAUUUAACAACUGUUAGCGACAUCUGUGAUAAAUAUUGUACAGAGAGACUUGAAUUUACAUUGUUGUGAGUUUAUUUAUGUGAACUCUAUUUUAUUUAUCUAUUCUUAAAAGAGUAUUUCUGUAUGAUAAUUUCAAAUUAAAAAAUAGUAACUUUGUAUU